GAAGGCUGCGUCGGGUCGUCUGCCUGGAAGGUAUAAAAGGCUGCGGCGGGACCACGAAGCAUCACUGCCAGCCAAGACGAAGCGGAAGGCAGAAGAAAAGGAAAAGAAGGAACUCAGCCGAAAGAAGAUUCGCCACAGCGUGCAGGGAGAACCAUGAACUCCCUUCGCUCUGUCCUGGUGGUGGCGCCGCUGCUGGCACUGGUGUGUAUGGGUGCCGUGCACGGCGCCCCGGCCCCCGUCGCCUACCAGCCCUACAACGGCGGCGGCUUUGGCAGCGGUAGUGGCUUUGGCAGCGGUAGUGGCAAUGGCAACGGGGGCGGCGGCGGCGGCGGCGGUGGAGGCGGUUUUGGCCACGGGAACGGCGGUGGCAGCGGCUUUGGCAGCGGCUUUGGCAGUGGUAGUGGCAAUGGCAGCGGCGGCGGCGGCGGUGGUGGCGGUGGCGGUGGACACGGAAAUGGCGGUGGCAGCGGCUUUGGCAGUGGCUUUGGCCAUGGGGGCGGCGGCUCUGAUUACUCCGCUCCCCAGCUAUACUACGGUGGCGGCUACGGACGCUAGACUCACCUAUACCCAGCUCAUCACCUUGCCCUUCGCCCCUCGCUCGCAGACGCUGACCAAGUGUCGUCCCUCGCUUUGCUAUCAGGGGAGGCUUGUGUUUGUGUCCCUCCGUGGCGUGGCGUGGCGGUGAUACGGUCGAGGCUUAAUUCAUGUACGCAGUAAUAAAUGUUUUCCGGCUCUAUGAAA